GCAGUUGAUUUACAUAUUUGUAGAACUGGUCAAGGAACAUCCUGUUGUGCGGACUAUUACAACCUUGCGGGAAAAUGUGUUCCUUGUUCGUCGGGAAAGUUUGGACCCAACUGUAUGCACACUUGUCAAUACCCAAAAUACGGACGCCGAUGUUUGGAGGGGACAUGUCGAUGCCCACCAGAGUUUUGUGAUCCAUCCCUUGGUUGUAGAGGACCAGAAAAGCAAACAAAAGGAGUUCUCUCGACUCUACUGACAAUGGAUUCCUUUUCUUUUUCAAAUUCUGAAUCAACUCUUGAUACAACAAAUAUAAAGUCUGCAACGCAAUCAAAAUCAGACCACACAAAAUAUAUCUCAAAUCCAAGUUCUUUGUUGGUGUUAAUCAUCAUUUUAGUAAUUGGUGUAAUCGUUGUCGGGUUAUUUGUUGCAGUUGUAUUCUUUCAGCUGAGAGUAAGAAUCAAAUUACGAUUUGAUAAACCGCCGAAAAGAGGUUCUCUUGCAGCGUCCCAACGACAGGUACAUGUAGAUACCUAUUGUGCAAUAGAAGACAGCGAUGUGGUUGAGGAUGGAAGUAACACCGCGGAAACUGAACCAGAAGUUUAUGAAAUAAUCGAUCAGUCUAAAAAGGACAUAACAAAGUAUGCAGCUUUGCCGUCCAGAAAUAGUGUCUCUAAGUAUAGAAGUAAAACACCAUCCACAUUCUCACUGCAAAAGAUACUGGAAUGUAAUGAAGAGGAUAAAAGGAAAGGGGUACAGAUGAGAAAAGACAAAACAGAUUUGCAAAUUUCACAAAAAAGACUCGGUAAAACCUCUGCACAAGUCAGUGGGUAUAUUGUUAUUGACAAGAGAAAACAGGAGGAUUACGUCUCCAUGGAUGGCGAUAGCCUCGUCAGUGCCAUCGCUGUAUCUAGCGAAAAUGUUGAAAUUGACAACAAAUUUAAUGGUAAUGGAGAGUCAAAUGCAUAACAAUACCAGCUUUUUAAAAAACCAAAUAUGAAUUCUGUUUGGUGCAUCUGAAUAAAUUUCAAAUAAGUAUCUUAGAAAUUAAUAUAUUUGUCCAAUCCAACGAGUUCGUUUUUGGUUUUCGAUAGAAUAAUAAUAAAAAAUUACAA